GUAGCUCCAGUCUUCUACGUACUCCAGGUCUUUCUAAAAAGUUUUUGUGCGGUCCCCCCGCACUCAAGGUAGCCAGACCAUAUCUAGUCUUUAGAUCUAUGCCCAAGAUGAGUGAGAAUCCAUUCUAUACGGAUGCACAGGGCUGAUAUCAUAGUUUCAAGGAUGCCGGUGGAGCACUUAUUCAGUGCGUGGCAUUUCAGCCACUGGCUGUCCAAAAGAGAUUUGUGGCCGCUACCAACUUGUCCGGGUCCACCGACACGCUUUUUGACGAUGACAAGUAGACGUGUGAGUCACGAUGUUUUCGCUCGAGUUGCAAGCCUUGAUUUUUGGGGGAGAUGGCACCGUCUGUCAGUAUGGAGCUUGUGCUGGCCGCGUUUAUUCUUUGCUGCAAGAUCGCAGGAACACAAGCGAUCGGUGUCAAUUAUGGCAGAAUCGCCGACAACCUUCCAGCUCCAGACGCAGUUGCUCAGCUGGUCAAGUCCCAAAACAUUGGCAUGGUUCGGAUAUUUGAUGCCGAUCCCGCUGCCAUCCAAGCCUUCGCGCGCCAAGGCAUUCCGGUGGCUAUAACUCUUGGCAACGGGGAGAUUGCCGGGGUUGCCUCGUCUCAAGCCGCUGCCGACGGAUGGAUCGCCGGGAACGUCAUGCCGUACGGGUCCAUCGUCUCGGUCGUCAUUGUUGGGAACGAGGUGAUCAAGUACAACCCGGAACUCAACCCGCAGCUCGUCCCGGCCAUGAACAACAUCUACACGUCGCUCGUCAACAUGGGAGUGGCUUCCAGAGUCAAAGUGUCCACGGCUCACGCCAUGGACAUUCUGGAUGCUAAUGCGGCGUUCCCUCCGUCGGCUGGCAUGUUUAGGAGUGACAUCGGAGUCAGUGUCAUGCAACCGGUGCUCGACUUCUUGGCACGCACAGGCUCCUACCUCCUUCUCAACGCCUAUCCAUACUUCGCCUACAGGGAUGACAAGGGACAGAACCUUGCGCUCGACUACUCUCUGCUCCAGCCGGGAGCCGCGGGUUUCGAUGACUCCAACUCGGGCUUGCACUACUCCAACUUGUUGGACGCUCAGCUCGACACGGUCUACUCGGCCAUGCGGAAGCUCAACCACGACGACGUUGGCAUCGUGCUGAGCGAGAGCGGCUGGCCGUCUGCGGGUGACUUUGGUGCCUCGCUCGACAAUGCUGCCACUUUUAACAGGAACUUGAUCCAGCGUGUUGCUGCAAACGCUGGCACUCCUCUCAAGCCCAACACUCCCGUGCAGGCUUACAUCUUCUCUCUCUUCAACGAGAACCAGAAGCCCGGCGUGACGGAGCAGAACUUUGGGGUGUUUAGGCCGGACAUGUCCAAGGUCUACGAUAUCACUUUCUGAUUCAAGCACUAACUUCUCAGUCCGAAAUUUAUUUUGAUUCUAGAGAGCACUAGCGUUACUUUGAGCGGAUCAUUCGUGUUGUGUACUCUCGUUGCCUGUGAUUUUCUUGCGUGUGGAGAAACUGAGAAAAACAACCAAUACAAUAUGAAGCAUCACACUAAA